GGUAGUUCAGAUGAGAACAGGUAGUAACGCAUUCUGCUCCAAGCUUUUAAUGCUUUCGUUCCCGUGUUGACUAGCUUUCUGUUGUGUCGUUGUGCGGAUUCGUGUGAUGGUAGCUCGUAAACAAACAUCGAAAUUCGAAGCUUUGAAGGAUUAGAGCCUCGAAAAAGACCCGGGACGAACUGAAUUUGUCCGUGAGUUCCCAGACAGUUCAGCGACGGCUGGUGGAUCAGGGGCUACGCGAUAAAAGCCUCUGAAAGGUUCCGAUGCUGACGCCGAAGCAUCUGAAGGCGCGGCUGAAGUUUGCGAAAGACCACUUCGAUUGGAUCGGCCUUGAGAAGAAAAGCAGUGGCGAAAUAUACUGUGGUCGGAUGAGACGAAGGUAAACCUCAUCGACUCGGACGGAAAAACUUGGAUCCAUCGCCCAAUAGGCUGCGCUUGCAAGCCUCAGUAUACCACGUAGACAUUCAAGCAUGGAGGAGGGAAUAUUAUGGUGUGGGGGUGCUUCUCCUGGAACGGGGUUGGCCCUCUCUGCUGGGUGGAUAAGAUCAUGGAUCAGUACCUCUACGCCCAAAUCCUAAGGAAUGUUAUGCUGCCACACGCCGAGUGGGAGAUGCAUCUGAAAUGGCAGUACAUGAAGGAUAACGAUCCGAAGCACACCACCAACACCGUCAAAACGUGGUUCCAGGAUAACAAAGUCGACGUCAUGGAGUAGUCAGCGCAGUCACCGGAUUCUAACCUUAUGGAGAACCUAUGGGAGAUCGUGAAAAGCGAAAAACGUCCACGAAAACGGCAGAAGAAAAAAUCGCUUCCACGAUUGAGUGAUAGCCACGCGCAGAUUCAAGACGAUUAAUUAAGUAGGAAGAACACGAAAAAGCAAUUCCAUAGUAUAGCAUAAAAACAUAAUAAUUUCCGUGCAAAGUGUUUCGAGCUUCCAUUUCACAAACAUAAAUCAUAGCCGGAAAGUGAGAGACAAAUUGGAAAAGUUGAACAGUCUUUGGCUCGGAAAAGCUGGGCGAAGAAUUUUGCACCGGCCAGCCAGCAGGCAGCAAAAAGCGCUCUUCACAUUCGCAUAUUUAACACUCCACUCAGAUAUUAAGCAAUGCGGAGGAAGCCAUUCGGGAUGUGUAUUCCGUUGAAUAUCGCCGCGGAUCGGUGAGAGAUUGUGUGUGUGUCUGUUCGAGAUCUAUACUACAUUUGCGCUGGUGAAUAAAAAAAGAAGAAAUAACCGGAAGCCGUUUUGAAUAAAGCAAGAAGAAAAAAAAGAAGUUCCAAAGUGUUGCAGCCCCCAGAAUCGUUAAAAAGUUGUUCUUGGUUGUAAUUUGGAAAGUUUCGACACAGUGAGAGUGGUAUCCCGGCGCAGAGUGUGAAACCAAAUAUUGUAUACACCAUACGCAAAAUGCCCCUUGGUCGUAAAUCACCCCUGGAAGCACUUGCGAUGCCGGGAGCCAUUAUCGCCUACAAGUACAGCCAGUACCGGCAGCGCCGCCGGGAGGCUGCGAAUCGGCGCGUUACGGAACGUGAACUGACGGCGCUACACAACAAGAUUGAAAAAUUGCUCAGCAAGCUCGAGGAAAGCGAACUUGAACCACCCACAUCGCAGGAGGAUGAGUGUGUCAUUUGUAUCAAUGCCCGGGCCACAAUGCAAACCUCUCCCUGUGGACACAAGGUGGUCUGCCGGCGGUGCUUUGUCAAAACGAUUCAGAGUGCGGUUGCACAGCGACUGUUGCCGUUGCGGUGUGUCAUUUGUCGAGCACGCAUCAACAGACUCACAUCGGGCUCCACAUCCUGGCGGCUGCAGGGUUCAGCCAGUAGCUACUCGAUGGGCAGCAAAAGCUGGAGCGUUCCCGGAUCGGCUAGUUCGUACAGUGUGGAUGCCGCGAGAGUGACCCAAUCGGCCAGCCUCUACUCGAUGAGCUCCGGCUCAUCGUGCAUGUCCGGUAUCUCGAAUAUAUCUAGCUGUUCGGGCACCUCGGGAACCUCCGGUAUGUCUUCCUCAUCCUCGAACAGUGGAACUACGGAAAGUGGAUCAUCAUCACAGCAACAGCCUCCUCCUCAUCAUCAUCAUCAUCACCAUCAGCCGCAGCAAAACGGUGGCCACCAUCAUAAACACAGCAAUGGUACAUGUUCCAACGGUUGUUUGGGAGCAAUCCCCCGAAAUCCUGCCUAUCAGCAUCAUCACAAGAAAGGACAAUACUAUAGUAAGAACCGCAUUCCGGAGAUGCCAAAUCGUUUACCGCCAAUUAUCGAAUUUAAAAGCCCGACCAGACACCGGACGCCAUCACCUGUUAACCCGGGGGCCAGAUUCAAAUACUACACCCAACCCGGCAAACCGGCGAACCCGAUGGUCGAGUCGAUACCACUGAUAAGUAUCGAAACCUGUUCCAGCAAAUCCGGUCCCUCCAAGUUGGGUUUGAAUGGUAAGAUCGCUCCGACGGCUUCCAAAUCACCGAUCAACAGAACAAACAUGGCUACCGGUAAACCCGUCACAACCUCACUAAUAACGGCCGUCGGUACACCGCCUAAAGCGCGUGUUGUUUCGGCGGCAAGUUCCCCAGCGGCCGCAGCAUCUUCCGGGCAUCCCAGCAGUAGUAAUAGCAAUAAGAGCAUCAACAAUAAUAGCAGUAGUAACCACACCAACAAGCAAGAUGAAAAAUAUGACAAUAAGAAGAACGAAACGAUCGAAAAGAAGAAAAAAGAGGAAAAGUUGAAGCUGAAGGCAGAGAAGGAAGCACGCAAGGAAGAAAAACGCAUCGCUAAGGAGGAGGAAAAACUCGCAAAGAUGCUGGCGAAGGAGGAGAAGAAACGCGGUAAAAAGGAAGCCAAAGAGUCACUUCUAGCCAACGAGGGUGGAUGCCGCAAAUAGAACACCCCCUGGUGGAGAAGCUUUUUUGCGAAGAAGUAACUUGUCGAACUGCCGAAUACAAUUUACAAACAUGAAAGGUUUGCCAGGUAAAAAGAGUAUUAGUUGGAAUGGUGAGACAAAUCUCCCAUCAAAUGAUCAUCCGACAAACACGCAGUUUUAAGGUUGUAAUUUAUUUGCUUACGCGUAAAUGCGAUUCACCGUAUGAUAAUGAGAUAACCGAAUAAUUAAACGAAAAAUUAACAAUACUGUUGUGCGCAAAUAAGUUGAGCGGAGAGAUCAAGCCAUCUUAAUUAAGAACAACAUAUCAAUCAUACAAGCUUCCGUUCGAAUAUUUUCGUACUUCCACUGAAAGUGGUUCCAACUAUAUUUAGUGAAAACUUCUUCUAAAGAACCUUGAAAACAUUGUUCAAUGUGGCCAACCGACAUACAAGAGAAAAGAGCAUCAUAAAAUGACUUUCAUAUUUUCGAAACUUCCACAUUUUUAGAUGGAAUUUAUUUUGUAGUGUUGUAUUUUGUUUGUUUUUUGACUCCUCGAAUAAUCACACGAACUCACGCGUCACAGAAUCGAUCUAUCAUCCUUACCCACCUAGACUAUAGUUGUGAACGUCGAAACACAUAUUUGCAUUUAUAUAUUCAACUCUUAACUCACUUCUAAAUUGUCUGAUAAACAUACAUCCACGGGACGCAGAGCGACAUUGACAAAUGGAUAUGUUUUCGGAAAUAUUAGCAGUCCCUCGCAUUAAACAACAAUAUUCCAACAAGUUGACGUCGCCAAUUCGAAGCACAAACUUUUGAAAACAUAAUCAAUUUGUCGACGAUUGAAGCUCUUCCCAAAACUGUACAAAACUAAAACCUAUUUCCUGUAUCCUAAAGUAAAUGAUGUUCUAAAUGAUGAGUAGGUUUUAGUAUCCACACUUGGCGGCGACAGCAGAUUUUUUUCAUUCGCCGAAAAUGAAACGGAAGUGUUGCUAAUGUCGAACCGGAAGUAGUAAUGCUGCAACACCAAAGCUACCCACAAAUAGUCAACAAACAACCACGCGAUAAAGCUCACUGUGAUAAGGGCCAAGAAAUGCAACACUGUGCAAGAGUAAUUGUAACAUGGCAACAAGCAACACACAAAAAACAAACAAACAAACACAUAACAUCAAUUGAGCCUGUCAAAUGAGUCAAUCCAAAUAUAGAAACAAAAAAAUGCUAGAGUUACGAAACACAAGAGCCGGAAGCUCAAGAUUUGUUAUGAAUGACUAGAUAACGAUACAACCCGGCAGCAAUAACUACAGUGAAAAAGAAAUCGCUUUUAUAAAAACAAAGUCAUAGAGAAAAAAACAUAAAAAACAUAAGAUGUAAACAAUAGACAGUAACCGCUGCAGCCGAGGGAAGCGACUUAUGUUGUAAACAAAGUAGAGCUCUAGAGUGUAAGUAAACAAUGAAAAUGUUAAAGUUUUAUAUAAGCGUUUAGAUUUUGUGUCUGGUAACCAACCAAAAAAAAAAAGAAGACAAGAACGAUAAAACCACGUCCUAAGUGAGCAAUAAUUUUAAAACAAUAGGUUACGCGAUGAAGAAACAGUAAGUCGUUUAACGCCGAAUGUCUAAUCAUAUUUUGAAAUCAUACUAUAAAGAGGAUAAACAGUUGCCAAAGCUAUCGAACGCAAAUAAUGGCUGAAUCGAACGAACAGUGCUUCAAUCAGUUGUGUAACCUAUCAGCGUGCGAUUUGAGGUUAUAUUUUCUGAUGUCUAUGGGUUCCGAGCCGCGAGGGAAGAUGAUUUGCAACUUUUUUAGUUUUUUGAGAAUUAGUUCAUUCUUCUAAACCGUAAAUGAGUGCAUUAGCCCUGUUGAAAGCGUGGCAUAAAAUUCUUGUACUUGAACCGAUUUAUUUCUUAUCCAUCUAUGAAAAAUACAUGGCGAGACAAUUAUGCCUAGAAUAUCAACAUGGGACAAUUGAGCUUGGUGUUGUUUUUUUCAAAAGCUGAGAACAAACAAUAACUUUUUUCGUGUUUUUUCAGAGUGUUAGUCAUAAAAACAUCGUUUUGUGAAGAAAAUUGUCAAAAAGUAACAUGGGACAACUAUGCGUAGAACGACAGUAUUGUAAACAUAACUUGCAUGGAAAAAAUGGACAAUUUUCCGAUGGUCCUAAAUCCAGGCAAAAAGUUCCACUGGAACGUUAGUGCCAUCCAAGAAGAAAAAAAAGCACCGCAAGUCCCGAACAGAAGAAGAGUGGUUUGACAUCCCUUUUUCGCUGAUGGUUAGCCACAGAAGCACCAUCUUUGGGAACUUGGUAAUAUCUUUACACUUCUGGAGAAGAAUUAGAGCAUUGAACGGAAGCCUGGUUCCUUGCCAUUCCGGUCUUCUUCUUUCUUUGUUUUUAAGAGGCUUUAAACUUUGCAGUUCAUUCGCCUCUAGACCAUUCCGGUGUCAUCCAGCGUUGAAUACGUCUCGCAACGUUCCGCUUCGCGGAAAAAUUUCCAUUCUCCAUCACUUUCAGCCUUCGUUUCUGGAUCACAACUUGCUGUUUCGACACGGCAGGUCUUGACUUACGUUUCCGUAUAAUGAUGUCUAUCUCUGCUAGAUAUUUCUUCACUAUUGGGCCAGUUUUCCGGCCUUCCGGAACGAUCUAUCUUUUUCCCCUCCGUCUUCUGCUUCAGCUUCAGCUGCAGUUUACGAUCGCAUAGCACCGUCGCACGGCCGAAACCAGGCUUCCGUUCAAUGCUCUAAUUCUUCUCCAGAAGUGUAAAGAUAUUACAGAUACAGCAACGGGCGCAUCCGGCGGACUCAAAAUACUUGAUGAUGUCCACUUUCUUCGCAACGGGAUAAAGCUCACAGUACGCACACACCAUGGAGCGCAGUUGCUUUACUAUUUUCGCCAUAACUUCCGCAGUUCAACUGAUAGCGCUGUCAAAUUUUGUUCGAAAACUCAUGGGUUACUAUGAUUGACGAUGUACAAGUAGUCUCAUCACCAGGUGUUAGGAUGAACGCAUGCAAAAUUGGUAAAAUUUGUCCAUUUUUUUAAAGCAAGCGUUAGUGCUACACGAGACGAGACUUGUAGUAUUUCUCAUGACUUCUGAAAUGUCAAUACGGAAGGAGAAAGCUCCAUAAGUGAAUUACCGAACACUUGGUCUCAAUAACCUAGCUCAUCCCUUAGCCAAAGUUUAAAUACAUUUGUCCUAAAGAUUUUUGUAUCUCAACAAUUGACUUAUGUAAUUUGCUUAGAGCUUCGUUGUGAGAAUAUCGAGAUCGAGACUCGAUCCCAAAAAAAAUAUAGAUUGUGCGAUUGGUACCGAUAUCAUCAUGGAACAUAUUUUCUUUCCUCAAUCGUACCCUGAUUGUUUACACAAAAAAUCUGAACGAAGCUAUUGUAACACCUGAAGCGGUCAAUUCAAGGAAACACACACUUUGAAGAAUCCCAUUACCUCCUUUUAAUAUGAUAAAGUGAAUGAAUAAAACCAAAAAUAAGCCCCUCCUACUAGCCGAUAAACACCCGUUAUGAUUAACCAAGAAUGACAAAGUUUUAAUCUCAACCAAUAUAAAAAAAAAAACAAAGUUUUAACAAGCUUCCAAAACACAAAACAAACUUUUCAAGUCUUAAAUUAGUUCAUUUCGCAAACCGGAUAAAAUGAUUGAUAAGAAGAAGAAAAACCAAAAUAAAGCAACAAACACACACAUUGACAUACACACACAACCAGGAAACAAUAAUACGUUUCCGGCAAAUUAUUUACAAUUAUUUAAUCAAUAUAGAGACUGGAUGUUAGCAAUUGUUGAAUGUUUCUAGCCUAGUUUAGCGAAGAUAGGAAAAUGAAUGAAUCGUAAGCAUUCCCGUCAACCAGAGGAGAUACAUGAAGUUUAUUGCCCCAUUGAAAUAUGUUUAGCUAUGAGAAAACAAACAUCUAAUGUAGAGAGUUGUGAAGAAAUAAAACAGAUCACUGACGUUUUGUUUGCUCCUAUGUUAUCAAUAAA